AUGAACGAUACCAUCCCUACCCCUCGUGGCUGGGUUAACGAACCCGACGGGCGAGGAACGUGGAGUAUUUUAUCCACUUGCGUUCUCACAAUAAUUCUCUGUUGCUGGACAUCUGUGGCUCCAAACUUGCCUGCUGAAUCCGACGGCGGGUUCAGAAGAUGGAGAUACAAAUUCGAUCUUGCUUGUAUCACGCUACUCGGAUCUGAAUUCAUAUUAAUGCUAUCUCUGGGCCAAUGGUCAUCUGCACGUUGCUCUGUUAAACUAACAGAGCAGAAUUUCCACGAGGCUGGAUAUAAGGAUUGGACCAUCAAGCAUGCUUUCUUCGCCGAUAUGGGGGGCUUUUUGAUCAAGCCCCUAGAGGCCGACUUACCUUCAUUCCCUUUGGAUGCGAAGCAGCUCUAUAUCCUUGUUAAGGAUAAAUAUCUCGAAUAUCCGAAUUUGAACGAAGAGGAAAUCGAAGAUAGGAAUAAAUCAGGUAAACUGGCUAGGUCAGUGCAUGGUUACCUAACCUCUUUAUCUUCCCUUCUAGUUAUGCAUUAUUCUUACCUAGGUAGAUUGUUCACACUAGCGCAAGCCAUCUGGUUUACUCUGAACUGCAUAUUUCGUUUUGCUCAGGGUAUUUUUGUUACCACUCUUGAGCUCACCACUCUUUCCUUUAUUCUAGCCUUCCUAAUAAUGUCAUACUGCUGGUAUCAUAAGCCUAUGGAUGUCAACAGGCCGAUCACUUUGCAGCUCACUACCUCCGUGGCUGCGAUUCGAGAAAAUCAUCAAGUCUCCGGAUUGAAGUGGUAUGAAACACCAUUUGACUACCUCUCGCGAGACCAGGGAUUUCUUGCUCGAUUUUGGAGAUAUUACAUUCGAAUUCUUCACCACAUGCAUAUACCAAUGGCAACUCAACCUAAGCGACGACCAUAUGAUCGCAUUCCGAGUCACUAUUUUCUAAAUACUGAUAGCCGGGCCGAGAUAAUCGCCGCCCCGACAAUUGUUUUGUUUAGCGCUAUGUUUCUCAUUGCGUGGAAUUCUCAUUUUCCUACCGCAACAGAGAAACUACUUUGGCGUAUUGCUAGUGUGAAUACCCUAGCCUAUGCGUUGAUUGGAAGCCCCCUUUCUGCAUACUUUCAGAGAACCAUGUUCCGAGCAGAGCUGAGACAACAAAAGGCACAAGCUAUGUUGGACCGCACACGAGAACCCAAAAGAUGGAUCGAUCGUUUUGCUGCAAAGCUUAGGAAUAUUGACCCUGAGCAGGAUCCUGACUUAGAAAUUCCUCUUCGGGCCUUGAUUCCAGUUUCUUUUCUGUGUGCUACAUAUUGCGUGGGUCGAGGGUUUAUUUUGACGGAGGACUUGAUUGGAUUGAGAAGCUUGCCGGAGAGUGCUUUUCAGACGGUUUCAUGGUCGAAAUACGUACCUCAUUUGUAG